AUUCUUAUUAUACUUCUGUGGCGACAAUAUCUAAUUUUCAAUGGUGCUUCUCCUUCGAAGGUACUUACUCCUCUCUUCUCUCUUCCUAUUCACUUCUUUUCACCUUGCACGAUCAGGCGACGGGGAGGCGCUUUUAGCUUUAAAAUCUUCCAUUGAUCCUUCAAACUCGCUUCAAUGGCGACAAGGAUCCGAUUUCUGCCAAUGGGAAGGGAUCAAAGAAUGCAUGAGUGGAAGAGUCACAAAGCUUGUUGUAGAAGACUUCAACCUAAGCGGAACGCUAGACGAGAAGAGCUUAAACCAACUUGAUCAGCUCCGAGUGUUGAGCUUCAAAGCAAACUCAAUCUCCGGCGAAAUCCCCAACCUUUCUGGCUUGGCAAAUCUCAAGUCACUCUUCCUCAACGACAACCGAUUCUCUGGGUUUUUCCCGAGCUCCAUUACUGGUCUCCACCGUGUAAAAGUCAUCGUCUUGUCCGGAAAUAACAUCUCCGGUAAGAUUCCGUUAUCGCUGCUCAAACUCAGGCGACUUUACAUUCUUUACUUACAAGACAAUCGAUUCACCGGAGCAAUCCCUCCCCUGAAUCAAACUAGUUUGAAAUUCUUCAAUGUGUCAAACAAUCUACUCUCUGGUGAAAUACCGAGUACCCCAGCUCUCAUUCCAUUCAAUUCGUCAUCUUUCUCAAAUAACCUAAAACUCUGUGGUGAACAGAUAGGGAAUCCCUGCAUCAAUCAUGGCCUCCCUGCUCCUAUUACUCCAGUCCCCUCUGCUUCUUCUUCAAAACAUAGUCGAAGAACGAAGCUUAUCAAAAUCAUAGCAGGAGCCAUUGGUGGGUUUGUGUUGUUAUUGAUCUGCUUGUGUUUAUUAUGGUUUACUUGCAAGAGUUGCAGAAGAAGAAAUUCAGGUGAGGCGAGAAGCAAAGAAGUGGGAAUUGAAGGAGGUGUAACAAGGGAAGAAGGACAGGGCUCUGGUGCUGUUCCCAGUGGCAGGGACGGUAAUAAUGGUCGAAAACAAGGGGGUUUUUCGUGGGAAGGAGAGGGACUAGGGAGUUUGGUGUUCCUGGGAGCAGGGGAUCAACAAAUGACUUAUACGUUAGAAGAUCUGCUUAAGGCUUCAGCGGAGACGCUUGGGAGAGGUACUAUAGGGAGUACGUAUAAGGCUGUAAUGGAAUCUGGUUUCAUUGUGACGGUGAAGAGGUUGAAGGAUUCAAAGUAUCCGAGGAUGGAAGAUUUCCGGCGACAGAUGGACGUGAUAGGGCGGCUCCGCCACCCUAACCUGGUCCCACUUAGGGCUUAUUUUCAGGCAAAGGAAGAGCGUCUUCUGGUGUACGAUUACUUCCCCAAUGGCAGCUUGUUCUCUCUGAUACAUGGUUCAAGAGCAUCAAGUGGUGGGAAGCCUCUUCACUGGACAUCCUGCCUCAAAAUUGCAGAAGACUUGGCAACAGGAUUGGUUUACCUCCACCAGACUCCUAACAUGAUGCAUGGGAACUUGAAAUCUUCAAAUGUUUUAUUAGGAUCAGAAUUUGAGUCAUGCCUCACUGACUAUGGUCUCAUGUUAUUCAGAGAUCCUGAGUCAGUUGAAGAGCCAAGUACUACUUCCCUCUUCUACAGAGCUCCUGAAUGCAGGGAACUAUGGAAACCUUUAACCCAACAAUCUGAUGUCUACAGCUUUGGUGUCCUCCUAUUGGAGCUCCUAACAGGAAAAACUCCCUUCCAAGACCUUGUACAGGAGUAUGGGGCUGAAAUUCCUCGGUGGGUUCGUUCGGUCCGGGAAGAGGAAACAGAAUCUGGGGAUGACCCUGCAUCAGGGAAUGAGACAUCAGAAGAGAAACUUGGGGCACUUUUAAAUAUUGCAAUGGCUUGUGUAUCGCUUAUCCCUGAAAGCCGGCCAGGGAUGAGAGAGGUGUUAAGAAUGAUAAGAGAUGCAAGGGCUGAGGCUCAGGUGUCUUCAAAUAGCAGUGAUCAUUCUCCAGGGAGGUGGUCAGAUACAGUUCAGAGCUUGCCGAGGGAAGAACAUUUGAGCAUAUGAGGGAUUAAUGUAUUGGGCAGGGCUGAGGUACCUGUCUAAGUCUCCUUCUUUGUUUUUGCAUUUUCAAAUCUUCCAAAAGCCAUUGUAGAUUGUGGUGGUGUAAAGCUUUUGGGUAGUUUCAUUGCUGUUGAAAGAAGAAGAUAGGAUUAGUUUUAAUUAUUUCUUUUCUUUUUCUUAAUUUUCUCCCUUCAUCAGGGAUGGGUUUUGAUUUGGUGGUCAAUUGUAUUCAAAAGAUGAACAAGCUAUGAAGAUGGUGUCCCUCUCUUAUCUCAAAAAGAGGGAAUCAUUUUGAAUGUUAUAAAUUUUCCUCUGUAGAAU